AUGCAACGCUUCAAUCGUCUCAUUCAAUCCACCACCACAGCAACAACAAAGGCACACUGGACUCCUUUCCGUCUCUUCACAACAGAGGCUGAGAGCACUCGUCCUGGAUAUGCUCCCGGAUUCGCUCCUCCUCCAAACAGUCGCGACACUCCCAAACUCUCUUCCAAGCGUCGCAAUCUUGGCACCUCAUUGCCCUCCCACCUCGGUAAUGCCAGCCAACGUACCGCUGCAGAGACAACCAGCCCCAAGAAGCACCAUCGCGAAGAGCUCCGUACCAGACGCCACCAGUACGCUCAGGAACUGCUCGAAAAGCAUGGCCGUCGUGAGGCUGCUGCUGCUGCCAAAAGAAUGCUCAAUCAGGAAAAGAUCGAGGCUGUUAGAGCAGAGUUGAUCAAGGAACAAGAGGAACAAAAGGCUCUUGAAGACGAAGUUGUCUCGAUGCUCUCGCUCAACGCAACCGAGUCAUUGGCUGACACCCGCACCAAGCGCGAUGCCACCCGUGUGGCCAACCGUCUUCAGUUCGAGGCCAACCAGAAGGAAAGCCGUCUCAAGUUGAUCUCCAAGUUGUAUGCCUCAACCGAAAACUUUGUGACAUUGGACAAUUUGGAUGAGCGUGUGGACGCUGUCGUCAAAACCAAGCAGCAAUUGCCAUACGCCGGCUCUCUCCACGAACUUCUUUCAGCACAAUCAGUCGACAGAGCAGAAAUUGAGAAGAGAAAGGAGAUGCUGAAGGAGGCUGUUGGUCUCUAA